AUAAGACUGUUUUGUUUAGAUCUGACUAAGAGUCAAAUUUGCUGUGUUAUUUCUUUUUAUGUAUUAAUUUUUUUUUAAAACUGUCCACCUACACAAAGGGACUUUAUUUACUGAUUAGAGCAGUGUUUCUCUACUUCACCAACUUAAAUCUGGGUGGACAUCAACUCCCAUUGCUGACUGGGGAAUUCUGGGAGUUGAAGUCCGCCCCGGUUUAAAUUAACCCUGGGAGCACUGGAUUAGAGAAAGACGUAUCACUUAAAACACACCAAAUAUCCCACUGAGCUAAAACUUCUGUUUGAGUCUCCUUUGGCUUCAGCUUCUAGGAAGAAGCUGUUGAAACACAUCGUAGAAAUAAUAACCGAUAUAUCUUUCUUUUCAGCUGGGUUCAACCCUGUGACACAGACUUGAGGUACGAGGCCCAGCUAGACUUCCAAUCUUAGCAGUGGUGUUUCCAUGCCAACAUCCAGCCUGUCCUGUGUCUUGCCUUGAUUCCAGAACCCUCCGCUUUGGCUGGCCUUGUUCUGAAAGAGGACCAGUUGCUUCGGUAACCAGAGAGUAGCCAGGACUCUUCCAUGUUGUCGUGGGCACCAUGUUGAACCCUCAUCGCCAGUCUGUGCUGACCAAUGCCUGUAUCAAGCCCUCGGUGGAUCCCAUCACCCGAACCCCCGGCACCAUCUAUGAACCAAAGGGGCAGGUCCGACUUUUGGGUCUGCUUUCAGAGAAUACCUCGUCGCAGCAGGAGGACUACCUGGAUGCUGGCGAUGGACUGCUCAUCUGUAUGAAACGCGCUAAGAAAAAAUCCCUUCGCCCUCUCUUCAAGGGCUGCUGGGAACCCGAACAAGACGUCCCCGAUGUCAGCGAAGCCUCAGAUGUCGACCCCGAUCAAGGCGUAAACAAGCAGCUGGAGCCUGCCCCUCAGGAGCAGCAGAGCAAUGAACCUCCGCCUCCCGAGCACCCCAAAAUAGCUCCUCGCCAAGGCUCCUUCCCCUUUCACUGGAUGUGGGAGAGUUUUUCCAUCAAAGGCCAGACCAUCUGCCAAGACCAGGUUUUGGAUAAGACCAAGAAGCUGACUUUGCCGCGAGCCGCGACUGCCCCAUCCCGGGAGACUCUUUACAACCCUGACGCCAUCUUGGGCUCCCCAGCUCCCAAAGAGAGCCACUGCUUGGGAGCCCACAAGUCUGCCAGAACUCCUGAGGUCCCUUGCAGCAGGCCCCAGAGGUACUUGCCGCAUAUGGCCUUGGUUCCGAGGAGCUCUCUCCUGCCCCUCUUCUGGAAGAUGGAAGCCCGGUCAGAAGCUCGGAAGCGACAGCUACGUCAGGAACGUCGCCAUUGGUUGCAUCUCACCCAGCAGCUCCUGAACCUGGAAGGGCACCGCCACUCGCGAGAGAAACACCUCUCGCUCGAGGAGUUAGAAGAAAAACUCCGAGCGGAGAUGCUCUGCUUAGCCACGGAGCCCGAAGAGCCAGUCCCUCAAAAGGAGAAAAGGAAAUCUAAGUCUCGCAGCCCGACUCCCAAGGAGGAGCCGACCUUCAAGCCGGUCAUUAACCAGAAGGUGCCCAACUUCAAGUAUCUGCAAAAGCGCUUCCACGACCAGCUGGAGCAGAAGAAAGAGCAAGGAAAACUGACCGUCUGCAAGCCGUUCCACCUUCAUUCCAGUAGCUCUCAGCCUCCUUCAGAAGACGAGGAAAAAAAAGACCAGGAAGAUUUCUUUCAAGACCUCCGGCGGCUUUGGAGCAUACAUUGGAGGGUCCAGUCAUGUCCAGAUUUUGAACCGUCAUUGGCUCCUCAAGUGAUGUCCACCAAGACAUCUGAUAAAAGACAGCAAGCUAACAGGUUGCUUUUGCUGGAAUGGGAACGUCGAGAACAGCAGGAGAAACACCGUGCUGAGCUGCGCAGAUUGAAGGCGCAACACAUGCAGCGGGAAGUGGCCAAAUGCUUGGCAACUUACCGGAAUAAAGGAUGUUCCAUGUCUUUCCAGAAAAGGCGGGAAGAACUCAGGAAACAAGAGAAACAGCGCAUGGAGGAAUACAUGAUCCAGCUGCAGGAGAUCCAGGAUCGUGUAGAGAGCCGUCCAUAUUUGUUUGAGAGAGUCAUGCAGACAAAUGCCCGCCAGGCAGUGGAACGCCGUUUCUCCAAAGUGUUGGCUGCCCUGGGCAUCGAUGAAGAGAUGCUAUGGAAGCAUGCUGCUCGGCAGACUUUAGGGAAAUAUGGCAUCAAAGACAUGUAUCAGAGCACCGAGUCCUUAGAAGAGUUCCAAAGCUCGAUCUGAGCGGAAGAUAGAAUGGAUAGAGGAAGCCAUUUGGAUCACUAGUUCCUCUUGCAUCCUGGACCUGUAAUCCUAGACCAUCUAAAAAAUAAAUCUAACGUUGAGAAGCA